GCCCCGCGCAUGCGCCCCGGCUGGCGCACGCGCGGCUGCCGCCCGGCGCCGUUGAAGUGGCGGGACCGGCCCGGCGCGGCCUGUCCGGGUUAUCCCGCGGGAACCGCGACCGGCCUCGGGCAGCGCCCCUGCCUCCCGCGGUUGCGGCCAAAAUCCUUCUGUUGGGAUUCUGAACUAUGACAUCAUGGCAAGAUUUCGCAGAAGAACAUGCAUCAUUUUGUUGCUUUUUAUUUUGUUUAUUUGCUCCAUAAUGAUGGCUUUGAAGACGCUGAGACCUGACAGAGCUGGCUUUGGGGAUCCAUUUGGACUUGGUUUGUUGCCUGAGCUUCAACAACGAACAGUUCUCUUAGACAGUAAGCAGAAUUCACUGAAUAGGGUUCAAGGAGAUACUGUAACACGUGUCAGUAAUUUGCACAGUAUUGCUGUCAAUACUAUGAAAGCAUCUAUGCCUCCUGUAAAUAAACUGGAAGAGGAGCUGUCUUCUCCUAAUUAUAACUUUCACAUAUUUUACUAUACUUGGUAUGGGAAUCCACAGUUUGAUGGUAAAUAUAUUCACUGGAACCAUCCACUGUUGCCGCAUUGGGAUCCUAAAAUUGCAAACAAUUAUCCAAAGGGAAGGCAUAAUCCUCCUGAGGACAUUGGGGCCAACUUUUAUCCUGAACUCGGAUCUUACAGUUCCAAAGACCCUACUGUCAUAGAAGCCCACAUGAAACAAAUGCGUUCAGCUUCAACUGGUGUAAUAGUGCUUUCAUGGUACCCACCAGGUAUGGCUGAUGAAAAUGGAGAACCAACUGAUGAUUUGGUGCCUGUUAUUUUGGACUAUGCACACAAAUAUAAUCUAAAGGUCACUUUUCAUAUUGAACCUUACAAAGAUAGAGAUGAUCGCAGUAUGUACCACAACGUCAAGUACAUCAUUGACAAAUACGGAGGCCAUCCGGCCUUUUACAGGCAGAAGACCAGCACAGGCAAAUUUCUUCCCAUGUUUUAUGUUUACGAUUCUUACGUAACAAUUCCUGAAAUAUGGGCAAAUCUGCUAACUGUUUCUGGAUCCCAGAGUAUUCGAAAUACUCCGUAUGAUGCGUUAUUCAUUGCACUUCUUGUAGAAGAAAGACAUAAGCAUGACAUUCACAGAAGUGGUUUUGAUGGAAUGUACACGUACUUUGCCACCAAUGGCUUCUCCUAUGGCUCAUCUCAUCAUAAUUGGGCAGGUUUAAAAGCCUUUUGUGAUAGUAACAACUUAAUGUUUAUUCCAAGUGUGGGCCCAGGCUAUAUAGAUACCAGUAUCCGACCGUGGAACAACCACAACACCCGUAAUCGUGUCAAUGGGAAGUACUAUGAGACUGCCUUCAGCGCAGCCCUUCUGGUCCGACCGGAAAUUAUCUCCAUUACAUCUUUUAAUGAAUGGCACGAGGGAACUCAGAUUGAAAAAGCUGUCCCUAAACGGACUGGACAGGUGGUUUACCUUGAUUAUAAACCGCAUAAGCCAAAUAUUUACCUAGAGCUUACUCAGAAGUGGUCUGAGAAGUACAGAAAAGAACAAGAACAGUGGCUUAUGUGAGCUGUCCCUGCUGCAGUUGUUUCCUAAUGCAUUGACUGUAUUGAGAAAGAAAUUGAGAGCUGAAGAAUAUGUUAUUAAAUGUAUUGUAUCUGUUGAAUGUAUAUGCACUACUACUGAAUUUUAAUUUUGAAAAGUAAAAAGAUUAUGAGAAUAUUGCCAAUUCUGUCUUAUUGGAUAUUUUAGUUCAAGAAUAUUCAGGGAAAUCUGAAAGAUUAUUUGUUUCUUUUUUAAACUUCAUAACUUGCAUUCUGAGCUUCCAGAACAUCUGCAUGGGAUAACUCUACAUGACCAAAGUAUAACAAAAAAUCGGUGUAGUUCUAUUUACUUCCUUUAUUCUUGUAGUUGUGUUUCUAAUAAAAAUGAUGCUGUAAUCUAAGUUUUUAUGCUCAUAGCUACUUGCAGGAUGCAUGUCUAUACUGUAUGGAAUAAUUUACAUCUACUGUUUUUAAUGCUUUGCACACACAGGGACUUCUUGACAUAUGACUAGCUUGUGGUAAAAGCACUGAAGAGGUAUGUGUGAUGUAACAUCACUGUGGUUUUUUGAAAAUAGAAACGUCUUUGAAAGAAAGUUCCAAAGAACUGCUAAAAGACUUCUAGUUUAUUACAUUUUUUCUGUUUGGUACAUGGUGUAGACUUUUGCAGAUUACUGGGUACUGACCAGGAACCUUUUUUUUUCUAUAUUACUUUGAAUAUAAAAAAAAUAAUGCUUGGGACAAAGUGGAAAAUAUUUUUUUUGAGUGGGGAAAAACUCCUACUAAACAUGCAAAAAAUAUACUAAACCUUCUGCUUUUAUUUACUGUCUGCUAAUUGACUGCAGAUACAGAUCUAGCACGUUUUUUAAAAUGUGUAAACUUUCUAAACCAAACACCUUACUAGUCCUACAAUAAAUAUAAUUGUAGGAAAUAGUUUUUUAUUUCUGAUUUAGGAGCAACCUAGUUUGGUUUCAAUGCCAGCAACUACCCAUUAGUUUAAUUUGAAAUCUGAGAUUUCUGUUUUUCAUAUAGUUUAUUUAGUUUUUUGAGGAUUCAGAAUAGUAGAUACUAAAAUCUUGCUGUCACUCAGAUAAGCACCCUACCAAUGCUACCUGUAACACUGUGGUGUGGCUGUAAAUGACUACUUUCAGUCCUAAGAAUCUCACCUUUCAAAUGUUGUAAUUAUUAACUGGGGUUUUUUAUGAGGUUUCAAAAGUUCAAGUCACACGGGCAUAUCUCCUCAGCAGUCCUCCUUGGGGGAUUUUCAUAGAGUUUCAUAACAAAAUCCUGAAUUUUGGAUUAGUAGAAAUUGCAGUGUUUUGUUUAUUUGCAGAAAGUGUCUAAUCCAUAGCAAAAAAGAUUUUUUAAAAAUUGUUUAUUUUUUUAAUCUAUGUAUAAGGUGCCGAUCCUGUGUUUUAGUUCAUAUGCUGAAACUGUUGUGACCACUAGUAACCACUAGAAUUCCAUUGAUUUAAGCAGGACCCAUGAAAAUCACAUUCUUUACUCAGUUUUCACUGUAAUCUGUCCAUGAAGGUGAAUGUGAGGACUUCUGGUUAAAAAAGAAACCAAACCAAACCAGUAUGUUUUUUCCAGAAAACAUUGUCAUUCCAAAUAAACAUGUCAGUUACUACUAAUAAUUUUUAGAGUCUUUCUGGUAUGAGAAAGGUUUGCUUAUGUAUCUCUCACUUAUUUACAGAUUAGUUCUUUUGUCAUUUCUCUGCAGUUCAGGAGAUGAGGUGUCAUAUAAUGCCCUCAGCUGCUUGAAAAAAGUGCAGAAAUUGGGUGACAGAUAUAUAACCUGGCGUGUUGAAGUGUGCCUCUAGAGUUAUUGGAGUCUUAUUAAUCUCUCCUCAUAUUUUUUUGCAUUUUCCUACUACAUGUCUGUGAGGUCUGAAAUGCUCCUGAAAGAAAUGUUUACUAAUGCUUGUUUUAUUUUACUUAUACUCAGGUGGAUAAACUGACAUAGACAUAGGUAUGACCACAGUCACAAAAUAGUGUCUGAGACAUAAGAAGCACUUGUUCUAACCACUUCCAGCUUAACUACUCCCUUUAUUAAGGAAAAUUAUAUUACUAAUUUUACUAUAAAUCCCUUAAAUAGCUAACAGGCUUUACAGCCCAAAGAGUCCAUUAAUUUAUUUUAAAUGUGAGGGAACAAUUAAAUUUUUUGCAAAUGUUAUUAAAAAAUCUUCUGAAAUCAAACCUUUUGCACGAACAAGUCUUUUUGUUUUCCCUUUGCUUAAACUUUUGUCAUCCACUGGUCUUUUCUCACUGUAGUUGUCUGAGCAUUGUACUGGUCUUGACAACUUAGCACUCACCUUUCAGCUCUUACUUUCUCCCAGGGGCAGUUUAUUUUCUCUGUGACAAUAAAAGUCACUCCUUUGUUGCUGUGUACAGAAACAUUUGAAAUUUGUUGUAGAGUAUUGUACAACUGAGGUGAUCUAUCUUGUUUAAAAUACAAAUCAUGGUAACAGUGUAAUAGAUCUUCAUUACUCUGAAAGACUUUUGUAAUUGCCAUUAAAGAUAUCAUUUAGCCCUUGCCAUGAAGUGGUUCAGGCCAUGACACAGUGAUAUCUAAUGAGACUUUUAAAAGAAUUUACAGAAUUUCUGUAGAAAAAAAAUGAAAAUGAAGUGCCUAGAAAUUCAUCACCCCUGAACACUUACUGUAUUUUUAUGUGCUUGAAGUGUUUUAAAACAUAAAUAUGCAAACAGAUAUAAUAUUUCAGAGUUGAGAAUUGAAUUUGAUGAUGCUAAGGAAAGAUGAUGGAAUAGGAGCUACUAGAACUACCCCACCUGCUUGUCCAAUAUUUCUUCUGUACAUAGAGCAAAUUACAGUGCUGCUUCAUGUUAUAUAGAAUGGAGAGUUUUGCUUACAGUCUGUUGUUGCAGUCAUGAUAAUUUUUAAAAUUUGAGUAAAAAUAGGUCUGUGGGAGACAAUUGGUACAAAUGCAAACAAAUAAGAUUGUUAUAAGGGCACAGUUACUGGGGUGAGGGAGGAGAAACAUGAAUAUAUUUAAGAAGGUGGUUGCUCCAAGCUUUAAGGUUAUAGUAGGGGAAAAAAAAUUGUGCUACCAAAACUGAGAGGGAGAGAAGAACAUUUGUAGUGAUUUUGAGAUCUGAAAUAGAAUUUAAGGAAUAUCCAAAUCCUGUUUCACUUUGGCUUCAAACCCCUUUUAUUUCUUGACUAAUAGAAAAAAUAUUGUAAUGAUUGAUUUUAAUAUUUUUACACUGAUUAAGUGCAUUUGACCCAUCUUGUUAUGGUAUUUUAUAGUAUUUAGAGUCAUAUACUAAAUUUAUAUAGAUUAGGCAAGAAACACUGGGAAGUUUUAUAAGAGUUCGUGCCAUGCUAUGCCUCUGCAAAUAACAGAUACCUGAAGUAAUCAAUUACAUACUACUGACUCAGUAUUCUCAGAGGGGAAAUGGUUUCUGAGAGAAGUAGCAAGUCUUUGUGGUAAAAGAGAACAUAGUUUUGAAAGUAAAUCUGUAGCUUCAUUUCUGCUUCUGUCAGUUGUGAUCAAGUAAAUUAUUUGAGUUCUGCAAGCUAUCUCAGAACUGAAGCUUAAUACAUCAAUUCUGGAAUAAGAAUAUGCAUUAAAUUUUGUAUAGUAGUGCAUGUUUCUCAGAUCUGUAAUCUUGUACUGAAUUUUGUGGGAAAAUGUGCAUAUGCUGUUACUAUUUUAGUGGCAAGCUGUAGAUUAUUGUGAAUAUACUUUCUGUACUGACGUUCAUCGUGUUUGUCUAAUGCAUUUCUUUUGAGGUGCAAAUGAUUUGUCUCUUAAGAGGUUGUUGAAGCAGAAGGUUCUUUAAUGGAAGCAUUUUUAUUAUAAAAGUUGAUAUGUAUAUGCUCUGCAUAUUUGGAAUUAACACAUUUCACACAUGGGUUCUCUUGAAAACAUUUUACAGGAGUGUUUUCAGCACUGUUGCUAGUAAAAUGAACUUACUGUAAUUUAGAGCACUUUUUUUGUGAAUCUUGUGAACCUUAAAAAAAAGAAAUAAAGUAUUUACAGGCAAAUUGUCAGUUAAUAUAAGCUGACAAUCUCUCUCCCAGUCUUAAAGUA